AUGGCCAUCGUGCUCCUCGUGCAUGUUUGCGCUGUAGAGCACGCAAGGUCAGAUGCGACGUGGCCCGCCGGGGGUGGCCAUGCAGCAAUUGUACGUGGCAUCAAUGCGAGUGCGAGGUCCGAAGCCGAAAGAGUAAGCAUGCUGGUGGAAACCUCUGAACUCGUCAAAAGUUUCAAUCGCAAUAUGACAAAUGCCGUUUUGGAUACUCACGAUCGAGCUGUAAAAACGGGCAGUGGCCUUUUUGGCUUCACGCUGAACGAGCACCGAGACAACGUUUCUAGGCUGGAGCCAUUCCCUGACAAGUGUUGUAAUCGAGAAUUGACAUGUAUUUGCCAGGAAACGAAGUCAUUCUCUGCAGCAAGUUGCUUUGAUUCAUCUAUCUCAAGCUUUCCACCCGGACAGCGAUAUCAUGUACAUGAUGCAUCCGAAGAAAGCGACCAGUUACUCCCUAUUAUUGAACUGGAACCAUUUCUGAUUCCACUUCCCCCAUGCAUACGUAUAGACGACAUUGCCUAUCUCAAAUCAAGAGGUGCCCUGUCAAUACCACCUGCAGAAAGCAGGAAUGCUCUACUCCGCUCAUAUUUCACUUACGUUCACCCUUUUAUGCCUGUCAUUGACAUGGAUGAGUUCCUUGGAGCUAUAGAGUAUGAUGUAAAGAAACAAAGGAUCAGCUUCCUCUUAUUCCAAGCUGUGAUGUUUGCAGGGGCCGCAUGCACCCCGAUGUGCUACCUAGAAAAGCUGGGGUUUAGCUCUCGUAAAGAAGCACGAGAAGAGCUUUUCACUCGAGUUCGGUUGUUAUAUGAUGUGGAUUACGAGACCGAUCGACUUGCACUGGUCCAAUCUCUCCUGCUCAUGACUCUAUGGUACAAGUCACCAGAAGAGCAUCGAAAUACCUGGCACUGGCUCGACGUCGCUAUCUCUCAAGCUUUUGCUAUAGGUCUUCAUUUAAAUCCAGACGAAACAACAUUUUCGCACACAGAGUGCAUUUUGCGCCGAAAGGUAUGGUGGUCAUGUUAUGUUACAGAUAGACUUAUAUCUCUCAACAUGAAACGUCCUCCAAGGAUCGGAGACGAUGACUUUCACGUCACAAUGGUACUUGAAACCGACUUUCAACCCAAUCUACCAUCAGAACACUGUCAAGUUCGGUUGAACGAUAUGUGUCCUUACGUCUCAGACACAAAGUUACGUUCAACACUGGGCGGACUAUUCGUCGAACUUGCGUGUCUCUGUCAACUCAUGGAACCCAUUCUUCGACUACAUCGGUAUAUACAGCUCUCCGAGAGCAGCGCAUUGCUAUCCCGUAAUUCUGAGACAACCGAAUUCAACAGAAUUCGACUAAUCAGCAUCCAAAAAAUAUCGGCCUUAAAGAAAAGGCUGAAAGAAUGGAUUGAUUCACCGCAGAGGACCUGCAACUACGAAGCCCCAUCAAGUUCUGAGUUUCCUUCUGUCACUUACUUACAACAAACCGUUCUUCGUUUGAUCUUGCAAGACUUGAUGUUAAAAAUCUACAGGUUAACAAUAAUACUAUCUGAGCAGCAUGAUGAGUACGCAGAAGCUGAAGAGGCCAAGAGUGGCAUACUCGAUUCCGCAAGACAGAUCUCUCAUUUGGCUAGCGAAGUCGUCCACAAGGGACUUUGCAGCUUUCUCCCAGCAUUUACAUUGGGAGGUAUAGUGCAUGGAACAGCAAUAUUCUUACAAAACAUUAUGGGUCCUGGAGAAGCACGAAAGACAGACUCGGAAGAGCGGUUCAUGCAAUGCCUUGAGGCCAUCGCUAUAAUGGAAGAUAUAUACGAACCCGCUAGAAUGGCAAGGCAAGCUAUCUCUUGGGCUCUAGUGGGACCUUGGGAUGCCAGUAAACUCUCCAGUAUAGAGAUGAAUCAAGCUGAAGUUAUGCUUGCUCAUCAGUCACAAACGCCCUACUCAGAGGGUGAGCCUAUAAGUCCAGACAGCCUUACCAGCCAUGACACGGAAACGAACACUCCUUCAGUAGCGACAAGUCUAUGGUCUUCAUAUCUCGACCAUACCGGAGAGUUGGGCACUGUGUUGGAGGCGUGGGGCUUUGUAGCCAAGGAGGAAGCGAUGAUAGAACAUCAAAACGCAGAGAUAAACGAGUUCAGUGCGAUAUCGAUGGAAGGGCUAGGUGUCUUGAAUGACCUUUCUUUAUCAAUGGAGUUUAGAAAUCUCUCCUAUGACACAUGUAUCACAUAG